AUGACAUCUACCCAGAGUUCUUGGGCAGAUGGCCCCUGGGAGCUAUUGGAGACACCGGGGAACACUCAAGAUAUAAAAAACCACGCCGCAAUCCACUCUGCAAACGAGAUGGCUCAUUUACAUAAUUGCAUAAUUAGAGGCAUCAAUUGUAUCUAUUUACAAGCGCCCCACGUGAGAGCGACAGAAGAUGUUAAGGAUUUCUUGUUCUUCGUCAAAGCCUGGUGCUCUUUUGUGAAGCAUCACCACGACGUUGAGGAAGAGCUUGUGUUCCCUCGGCUUGAGGAUUUUACCGGCAAGCCUGGCUGCAUGAGUGCCAACGUUGCGCAGCAUGCAACUUUCGAACCUGGUCUUCACGAACUUGCUGAUUACUCAGAGAAGACUUCGCCUUCCGCAUUCAGCGCCACGAAGGUACGCUCGUUGAUUGAUGGAUUUGCGGAUGCCCUACGGAAUCAUCUAAAAGCAGAAAUUCCCACACUUUUAGCACUGCAGCCCUACGAGAGCGAGGGUAUUAUGAAGAUAUUCAAAGAAUGCGAGGCUGCAGGCUUCAAUCAACCAAAUGAUAUAGCCUUGCCACUGAUCCUGGGUCUGUCAGAUAGCACGUUUGAGAAUGGAAAAUACGUAUUUCCAGCAGUACCGGGGUUUGCAAGAUAUCUUGUCCAUUAUUGGUAUUGUCGUGCACAUCAAGGCGCGUGGAGAUUUUUACCGAGCGAUAUGUGGGGUAUACCGAGACCUUUAGCAUUCUUGAAUUAA